GGGCGGCGCAGGAGCGGCGGGGGCCGCCAUUUUGUCUGUCGGAGGCCGGACGGAGCCGCCGGGCCGCGUUUCCGGGUGCGGCGGGAGGAGGCCGCGGGCGGCCGGCAUGAGUGACCAGGCUUGUCCCCACCUCUGAGCCACCGGAGCGGGGCCACGAUGCCGAUCCCGCCGCCGCCGCCGCCCGGGCCCCCGCCGCCUCCCACCUUCAGCCAGGCGAACACAGAGCCACCAAAACUGAGCCGAGAGGAGCAGCGGGGCCGCGGGGCCCUCCUGCAGGACAUCUGCAAAGGGACCAAGCUAAAGAAGGUGACACAAAUCAAUGACCGGAGCGCACCCAUCCUAGAGAAGCCCAAGGGCAGUGCUGGCGGUGGCUGCAGCUACAGCUCCAGCUCAGCUGCCAUCCAGCCAAAGGGUGGCCUCUUCCAAGGCGGCGUUCCCAAGCUGAGACCCGUGGGAGCGAAGGACAGCUCAGACAGCUCGGGUAAGCAAACCCUGCAAGUCCCCGGCUCCAGAGCAGCCGCCCCCAGGCCCCCGGUGCCGGCCAGCAACAGCCGACCUCAAGAUGAUGCCGACAACAGCCGGGGCUCGCCGCCGGAGCUGCCGCGCACGCAGAGGCCGUCGCUGCCGGACCUGUCCCGGCCCAACGCUGCCGGCAGCACCGGCAUGAAGCACAGCUCGUCCGCCCCCCCGCCCCCCCCACCGGGCCGCCGUGCUGCUGCCCCCCCGGCUCCCCCCCCAGCGCACAGCGCCAAGGUCUCGCCCUACAACCGGGAGAAGCCGCUGCCGCCCACCCCGGGACAGCGCCUGCCCGCCAGCAGGGACGGGCCCCCGGCCCCACCGCCCAUCAAACCGCCCCCCUCCCCGGUCAGCAUCCGGACUGGGGCAGGGGCUCAGGGCCAGUCCCUCGCCCCCCCUCCACCCCCUUAUCGACAGCCCCCCAGUGUCCCCAAUGGCCCUUCCAGCCCCAUCAACGAAUCCGCCCCGGAGCUGCCGCAGAGACACAACUCCUUGCACAGGAAGGCGCCGGGCCCUUUGCGGGGUCUGGCACCGCUGCCACCCGCUUCAGCCUCCCCAUCUCUCCAGAGCAGUCGCCCCCCUCCUCCAGCCAGAGACCCCCCCAGCCGGGGAGCAGCUCCGCCGCCCCCUCCGCCGCUGCUGCGCAAUGGGGGGCGUGAUGCCCCCCCACCUCCGCCCCCCUACAGACUGCACGGCUCCACCGAGCCCCCCAGCAGGGGGAAGCCACCGCCACCCCCCACGAGGACACCGGCCGGGCCCCCCCCGCCGCCGCCACCGGUGCGCAACGGGCACCGGGACUCCAUCGCCACCGUCAGAGCAUUCCUGGAUGACUUUGAAUCCAAAUAUUCCUUUCAUCCCGUUGAAGACUUCCCAGCCCCAGAAGAAUAUAAAUACUUCCAGAGAAUCUACCCCAGCAAAACAAACAGAGCUACACGUGGGGCCCCCCCUCUGCCCCCCAUCCCCAGGUGAAAGCGGGCUGCACACACGGAUUGAUCCUGAGCAGACACACGGAGACCUCCUUCCCCUUCCUCCGCUGGACCCUCCCCACCUCCCUGCAUGAGAAACUCCCAGCGUCUUUGGUUCUCCCAGGACCAGCAGCUUCCGCCAGCCCAGCUCCCUCCAUCCUCAUCUAUGCAUCUCCCCCGGGACCAACGGGACCUUUCCUCCUCCCUCCUCGCAGAUCCCGGGUUCCUGGUAAUCCCGCUGCAGCUCGGGAGCCAGACACAAGGACUUGGGGCAGAGCCUGUCGGGACCAGGGGUAUCUCAGUGCCCGAUUCCCUGGGGCAGAGCAAGGGCUUGGAGAGGAGCUGGGAUAGGGCAGGAGCUGGAAGUGCUGCGGGAUCACCGGCAGAGCGAGGGGCAGCCGGGAUGUUGGGAUGGAGCUUCCUUAUCCCGGCACAGCCGAUUGCUGUUUUGCACAGGAGCCAGUGGAGGAGCAGGGGGUGAGUGGGAACCCCCCGGAACCCCUUCCCACAGCGCUGGGGUUGGAUGGGGUGAGGAGGCACCUGGCUUUUAACGCUGAAUUCCCGAACUGGAGCAUUUUAACGGGAAAACACUAAUUAUCCAUGGAGCAAACUGGGGCUGCUGUUAUUGGGGGGGGGUGUUUGUUCUCUUAGGUGACGGGGGGACCCGUGCCUGGGGUGGGGGGGCUCCAGCUGACGUUUUGCCUUACCCCUGUCCCUACUGUUGGUACCUUGCUGGUUUCUCUGGCAUUCCUCACUGUGCGGGGGGGGGGGGGCUGGAUAUUAACUGUAGUUACUGAUCUCUUUUGUACUACCAGAGGCUGUGGGGGGGGCACUGCGGGUGUACUAACCCCUCCCCGCUAACUGUCCUGUGCUUCCUUUGGGGUUUCUAUGGAGGUGGAGCGAGGCGGGGUGAGGGGCUGCGCUGGAGGACGGGCCCCCCCUCCCUCCCUCUGUAAAUAAGGGUUCAAUACAAAGGUUCUCCCCCAGCGCUGGCAGCCCCCCCCU